UAAAAAAUAUGUAUUUGUCUUAUCAAAAAUCGACAACAUUUAGGAAUUGAAAUAUUUUUUUUUUUUUGAAUGUUUCCGUCUUAUUUAAUUUAUUUUAAAUAUUUGUCGCUAAACAACUCAUAGCCAAAAUGAACGAAAACCGAAGUUUCAUCACCGGCAGUUACUAUGAAGGUAUUUACAAUACCACUACUAAUAAUAUGGAAUAUUAUGGACGUUACACAUUCCCAGAUGGAAGUACUUACCUAGGGUAUUUUCAUAGGGGCGUCUUUCACGGUUCUGGAAUAUUCGAACUAUCCGCUCCCUAUAAAAUAAAAUUCAAGGUAAUAUUUGAUUUAGGUCGCCUUGUAAACGUUGAAAAAUUUGUAUUUCCCGAUGGAUUGUGUUUUAAGCGCAAUAUUAAGAAAUGCGGCGUUGCCCUCAAUGACUGGGCAUAUUUAACUCGUAGUAAUCGUCUAUACCCUAGUGAAUUACUUACAGGUGCACAACCGGUUGGACCUAAUUCUUUACUUACAUUAACAGAAGAUCCAGAAAUAAUACCUGAUGAAAAAAUUGAUGCUGGUGAAGGAUUUUAUAAUCCACAAUCUCGUUUUAUAGUAGAUAGAAAAACACCUUUAGUUCAUAACCGCUUCGUAUGUGACCCUAAAGAAGUAAAGUGGAUUGAAAAACAGUGUCGUGUAAGUGAUGAUUUGGAGUUGGUACUACCUGAUGAGGAGGACUGUGAAAAAAUACUUAGAUUAAAUAGAAGGGAACUGGCUAUAAUCAAUUCGGAAUAUGAAUGCCCAUGUGAAGCCGAUAAGAAGCCGAUGACUAGAGUUAAACACGAGGAUGAACACUCUUGGUCUACUAUUUCGCCUUCUAGUAUUUGUGAUGAAGAUGUCAGAAUUAGUGAUAUUAUGUCGAAAUCUAAGUUUAGACAAUUCAUGAGCAAGUUCAGUGUUAUGGAUGUUAGUAGCCAUUCAUUAAUAGAUCAGUUAAUGUAGUAGACAAUUAUAUAUUAAAAUCUAUUUUGUAAUGGACAUUGAAUAUAUUUUAUAAAA